UGUCAGCGGAGCAGCCCAGUGUCAGCGACAGGCGGGGAAACCCUCACACACACUAAAGUCCACAGCGUGUGUUUCAGCUGGCUUCUUACUGAAGUCCACACACGAAAAAAAGCACUAGAGCACAGCGACGCCGAGCUUGCAGCGCUCAACAUGGCCGAUACAACAAGUUUGAACGAGUCGUCCACCGUGGACGUGGCUAAUCGGUUUGCUCGCAAAGGAGCUCUGAGGCAGAAAAACGUCCACGAAGUGAAGAAUCACAAGUUCACCGCCCGGUUCUUCAAGCAGCCGACUUUCUGCAGCCACUGCACGGACUUCAUCUGGGGCUUUGGAAAACAAGGAUUCCAGUGCCAAGUUUGCUGUUUUGUGGUCCACAAGAGGUGCCAUGAAUUUGUCACAUUCUCCUGUCCAGGAGCUGAUAAGGGGCCAGACACAGAUGAUCCCAGAACUAAACAUAAAUUUAAGAUCCACACCUAUGGGAGCCCCACCUUCUGUGACCACUGUGGCUCUCUGCUGUACGGCCUCAUCCACCAGGGCAUGAAGUGUGACUCUUGCGAUAUGAACGUCCACAAUCAGUGUGUCAUGAACGUGCCCAGCCUGUGUGGGACCGAUCACACCGAAAGGAGGGGACGCUUGUACCUCAAGUGUGAGGUCAGCGGGGAGAAGAUGCAGGUCACAGUUGGUGAAGGCAGGAAUCUGAUACCAAUGGAUCCUAAUGGCCUGUCUGAUCCAUAUGUCAAACUCAAGCUCAUACCUGACCCCAAAAAUGAGACCAAGCAGAAGACCAAAACCAUCCGCUCCAACCUGAACCCCAAAUGGAACGAGACUUUUACCUUCAAACUGAAGCCUACAGACAAGGACCGCAGGUUGUCCGUGGAGGUGUGGGACUGGGACCGAACAACCAGGAAUGACUUCAUGGGAGCUCUUUCAUUUGGCGUCUCAGAGCUCAUCAAGUCUCCAGUUUGUGGCUGGUAUAAGUUGUUGUGCCAGGAGGAGGGAGAGUAUUACAAUGUUCCCAUCUCAGAGGAGGAUGACGGGAAUGAAGAACUGAGACUGAAAUUUGAGAAAGCCAAGCUAGGCCCAGCGAAGAAGGCAAUCACAGAGACAGAUGGCAGCCCAUCCAGCCAGCUGCCAUUCAACAGCUUGGAUCAGGUCAAACUCAGUGACUUCAGCUUCUUGGCUGUUCUUGGGAAAGGCAGUUUUGGCAAGGUCAUGCUGGCCGAGAUGAAGGCCACUGAAGAGUUGUAUGCAAUAAAGAUCCUAAAAAAGGAUGUGGUGAUCCAGGACGAUGACGUGGAAUGUACCAUGGUGGAGAAGAGAGUCCUGGCCCAGCAGGAAAAACCUCCCUUCCUCACCCAGCUACACUCGUGCUUCCAGACUGUGGAUCGUCUGUACUUUGUCAUGGAGUAUGUGAAUGGGGGAGACCUCAUGUACCACAUCCAACAAGUGGGCAAGUUCAAGGAACCACAGGCAGUGUUCUAUGCAGCAGAGAUCGCUGUUGGUCUUUUCUUCCUGCACCUUAAAGGAGUCAUCUAUAGAGAUCUAAAGUUGGAUAACGUAAUGCUCGACAGCGAGGGCCACAUUAAGAUUGCUGACUUCGGCAUGUGCAAAGAGAACAUGUCAGAUGGAGUGACCACUCGCACCUUCUGCGGUACUCCAGACUACAUCGCUCCUGAGAUUAUUGCCUACCAACCAUAUGGACGUUCUGUAGACUGGUGGGCAUAUGGAGUGCUUCUAUAUGAAAUGUUAGCUGGACAGCCUCCCUUUGAUGGAGAGGAUGAAGACGAGUUGUUCCAGUCCAUUAUGGAGCACAACGUCUCCUACCCAAAGUCCCUGUCCAAAGAGGCUGUUUCCAUUUGCAAAGGACUGAUGACCAAGCAUCCCUCCAAGCGACUGGGCUGUGGCCCUGAAGGGGAGCGGGAUGUCAGAGAACAUGCCUUCUUCAGACGUAUUGACUGGGAACGCCUUCAGAACAAGGAGAUACAGCCACCCUUCAAGCCUAAACUGUGUGGCAAAGCAGCAGAGAACUUUGACAAGUUCUUCACACGCACACAGCCUCAGCUCACACCUCCUGACGAGCUGGUGAUCGCCAACAUCGACCAGGCUGAGUUUGCGGGCUUCUCCUUCAUCAACCCGCAGUUUGUACACCCGUCACUCAACAACAACGCAUAAGAAGGAUGGCCAAAGCACUUCCUUUACCUCCACCCGUGAAGGAUCUCCUCUACUCACUGCCACCCAUUAGAACUAAGCAACAACCUAACAUCUGACCACCACUUGACAUGACAAAACUUGAUGUUUUUAUUCAUAAACAGGAUUCUAGGGCAUGCUUAUUUGUUCUCUAUGCUAUAUUUUGCAAUCUAGGUUAGAUUCAUUCUUGGCCACCACAAGAAGGCUUUAGUUUAAUGAGCAUGUACUGUGUACAAUGAUGUCCUUUUUAACAAAAGUUUACCAAAACUGGACGCACUGAGACGGAACAGUGUUUAUCUAUGCCAGUAUAUGAUGGGGGAAGGAGUGUAUCAAUCUGUGGCUGUAUGUUAUAGAAGCAAAGACACGCAUUUGUUGAGGCAUGAUUCAUUUUGGAGAAGAUGCAUGAACUUUGGUUUUCAAGAAGAAUUUCAACAUAUAUAAGGUGCAUUAUGCGCCCGAGGUAGUGAAGAUACUGUAUCAUAGCCAAAUAAGAAGAGAGGCGGUGCAAUGUUGCUCGUGUCAUGUUUACUUUAUUUAAUGUACUUCUGUCAAUAAUAUUUAGUAUAAUUUGAUGCUAGACACCCUCAUCUCCUAACUUCGGCUAUCAACGAACUCAGCUUCUACUAUAAGUUGCAAUGGCGCCUGUAAAGGUAGAAGUUAGUUAUUAAAGUUUAUCAGUACUAAAUUCCAAGCUACAAUACUUCAUAUCUGCAGUUAUGACUUUUACUCAGAACAGAAUGGUGUUUGUGCAUAGAAUUUUAAAAGAUAUUACAAAAAGUUUACAAUCUGUUGCCAAGUGUCUCAGUACCCUCCUAGCAGUGUACAAUAUACCGGUAGUUGCUGUUUAGGGUUUAAUGUCAUCAAAAUAUCCUUCGCAUUAGAUUUCCUUGAUACAGUUGUUAAAAUUAGGAUGCAGUUUUGCUUCAAUAUGUAUUUCUUAUCCAUAGGAGAAAAAGUCAACAUAAUUAAUACCAGUAGAUUAAUUUGUUUCUAAAAUGCUUGGAGCUAUAAGUGUUUUCAUCUCCAAUUUCUUUGUGAUUAGAGAUCCAUAUUAGAAUGUGUCUACAUGUAGUGUAAAACUCCUUUGUAUAUAAUAAUCAUGGGUUAUUUUCAAAGAGUAUAGCUUCUUCUAUACUAUACUCUUCAAAGAGUAUAGUUUUUAUACCAACACCUGAAUGUGCUUUUCUUACACUGAUGCGAGAGUGGGUUGUUUAAAGUGUGUGGCAGACACAGCUAAGAAAGUGCAGUUCAACAGCGUAGCUUCCUUGAACAAAUAACAGUUAAUUUUGGAUGGUGUCAAUCUCUUUGUUGUUGCUUGAUUGUAAGUUGUGUCAGGCUGUCUGCAUGCGGGUGGCUACGUCAUUUAUGCACGUGAGUCAGGGAAUGCAGCAUGCGACUCAAUGUACAACUUCUAAUGAAGUUAAACCGUUUAGGGAAAUCCUAAUCACACUUUUGCAGCAGUUUCAGUUGGCUAGAACCGUAAGAGGAGGAACAGGAUAGUCCCCUGAAUCACCUUAGCGUCUCACUUUAUGUUUCUGUGGUCAUUGUUUUUAGUACAUGUGUGUAUGAUCUGCUUCAUUUUGUCCUUUUUUAACGUCGACAUCUUUUUGAGCACACGUCUCCAUUGGUCAAAUAUUUCCUGGGCAAUCAACUAAGAGUUCUAGAGCUGGUCUGAAACCAACAGAGGGUGUUAUCAUGACAAUUUAGUUGCAUUUCCCACAUAAAGUAAUGCAGUGUAAUUUGUAGAAAAGGAACAUAUCCGUCAAUUAAUUUUAUUAAAUCAAUUAUAUACAUUAUAUAUUAAAUAAUGAAUAAAUUAGUGUUUUUAGGCAACACCAAAAAAAAAUGCAUUUUCUGCCAAUUUUAAUAUUAUUUUAACAUUUUCUAGUUAACCAGUUCCACCAAUGUGUAUGUUGUUAGCUGAUAUUAUUUGUGUUAGACCAAUGUAAUAUUUUGAUGUUGAACUGACAAAAUGCUAUUUGAUGGCAGUAGAUGAAAAGCUCAUGCAGGCCUUGUGACACUGAUGUUAUUCAUUUGGAACAUUUGUUCAUUUUUUUUAUGAUGAGAGUUAACCAGCAAGACCUUUUAAGAUCUUGGGACUAAUCUCUGCUCAGAAAACAGUGUGUUUUUGAUAGAAAUUAGACUUCUUGUUGUUUUGUCACUAGACCAGCGGGACCACCCACUCCCUAAUUAAUUGUGGUUUACGUCAUUAUCUUAAAUGUUUCUGUUAUUUUCCUUUCUUUCUUUGCUUUUGUUGCUCUUUUUAGUUAUCUAUCCAGCGAGUCCUUGCAGUGCACUGCAAGAAUGAUUUUUUAAAAAGCACAUAUUGCUUUCCUGUGAUACAAUAUGUGUGUGCAAUAUGUAUUUGUUAUAUACACUCAACAAAAAUGUAAAUGCUUUGUUUUUUUUCUCCCAUUUUUCACAAGGUUAACUAAAAGAUGUAAAACUUUUUCUAUGUACGCAAAAGGCCUAUUUUUCUCAAAUAUUGAUCCAGAUCAUCCUAGACAUGCUCGUUAGGUGCUGGCCAUGCAAGACCUAGGCUGUUUUCUGCUUCCAGAAAUUGUGUACAGAGCCUUGCAAUAUGGGGCCGUGCAUUAUCAUGCUGCAACAUGAGGUGAUGGUCAUGGAUGGAUGGCACAACAAUGGGCCCCAUGAUCCCAUCACGGUAUAUAUCUGUGCCUUUAAAAUACCAUCAAUAAAAUGCACCUGUGCUGCGGCUGAGUGGUCCGUGGUGGCGGUGAGGUUUUGGUAUGGGCAGGCGUACGUUAUGGACAACGGACACAGGUGGUGACACCAAAUACUGACUGGACUCACCCCCAAUACAGUUAAAUUGCUCAUAUUUGAGUGGCCUUUUAUUGUGGCCAACUUAAGGCACACCCGUUGAGUUUACCACACAAAAAACGGGAGCAAAAAAAGUGCUGUAUUUAGAUUUUUGUUGAGUAUAUAUUUAAAAACAACAGCCUGCAUGUGCCAAACCCCCCCCCAAAAAAAAACAGUCCCUUGUUGCACAAGUUAUUUUUGUGUCAACCCCUCUUGCCAUGAACCACACCUGCUGCUGGCCACACAGUGACACAUAAGCAUUGUGUGCCGACAAGACACACACAACAAAGCACCAUUCAGACAACAUUAAAACAGUACGUGGUGCUUCCCUUUGUCUCCUUUUGGUCUGAGCACAUUUGAAUCACAACCUGCCAACUACAAUGUCACGCUUUUAUCUGAGUUGGCAAUAUUUGGUGUAAAAACACAGGUCCAUUCUUGAUUUCUUCACAGAAAAGUCAUGUGAAAUUUGUUCUUGUGAAAGUGUGAGCAUGGAACAAAGAUGACUAACUCCCCCUGCAUGUCUGCCUUUCCCAAUCUUCUUGAUUUUCCUGUAGCUACAGGCACCAUUUGUCAAGAGUCAUGUGCACAUUUCACUUUGGCAGUGACAUAAGGGUUGUUUUUCAUUAACUUGUUUCGAUUACAUUAUGGAACCUCGGUUUUUGUCAUUGAUUUUUGUCCUAAAGGUCCAACGAAAAUCAAAAUGCACGAAAACCAAGGCAAUUUUUCCCAUAGGAAAUAAUGUAAAUCCAAGUACAGUAAUCCAUUCCAGACAUACAAAAAUAUGAAAACUAUUUUUUUACAGAGAAUAAUUCAUUUUACAUGCAGAAAAGAAGGUGAAAUAAUUCUAAAUUAAGAAUGGAUGGAAAUUAUUGUUGACACAUACUUGCUGUACAUCCUGGCGACAUUGAAUUUAAUAAUGUUUCUCACCUUACUUAGCAAAUUGCUGGCACUCACAACUUUCUUUGGCUCCAUGGUGAGUUAUUUACCAGUCACAGACAAUAAAAGAUGCACUGCACAUGCACGCAUAGGGUGCUUUGUUUGGGUACUCGAUUUUGCGGAACGAUACAGUACCGGGCAAACUGACUAGUUAUGUGUAACAUUGUACGAGAACUGAAACAGUCUGUGAAAACUGAGGCAACAUUUUCAAUGAAAACUGAAUCAUACGAAAACUGGGAGGUACGAAAACCCAGGUUUGACUGUAUACAAUAAAAAAAAUGUCGACCCAUUUAAUGUAUGUUGCUUAGGCAUGGCAAAGUUUUUCGGAAUGCAGAAAAAAAAAUUGUAACUACAUGCAGCACGGUGGAGGUAUGGUUCAAUGCCUGGCUCUCAGGACCAGGUUGUGCCCCGAUUCUCGCGUGAAGUCAGCUGGGAUAGGCUCCUGCUCACCGCAUAACCCUGAACAGGCUAAGCAGUAGAAAAUGAAUGAAUUGGAACCGCUCAUUCCAACAAUAUGGAACCACUGUGACUUCCAAACAAGAAAAGUGAAGCAGCAAAGUUAGUCACUGCCAAAAGUGACCUGAAUUAACAUGUGCAUCAAUGAUGAAUGAAACGCAUGUAACUCAUAACGUUUUUACAGUAACUCACAGUUUAUGCAUAAAACAACUAAAACGUGACUUUUAUUGUUUUGGAGAUACACGUUUUCAUUAGACAGCGCUUCAUUAAGUGUGUUCAUGAUGUGAACAUUUAAAUAGCAAAUUAAUGGUAAUGGUUUAAUUUAUUUGAACAUGCAGACAAGUUACUUUGGAAUGCAUCACAUAAUACUAUUAGCAGUUCCACAUGUCCAAGAGGAGUAGGAAGAAGAGUUUAGGUUUUUUUGUUUUUGUUUAUUUACUCAAAUUUCAGAUGCUUUUCUUCAGGGGUGGUGCGGGUGCUCUCAAAAGCUCGUCAACGGAUUUGGUAAAUAAAGGGAAGGCACAAUAAGAAGGUGCAUUGUUUUUCAAUUUUGGAUCAUUCAGCGGUUUUGAAGGACUUUAUCCCCCAUCCUCAGUGCAAAUUGAAUCCAUCCUCCGAAAUAUUUAUUCGUUUUUGUUCUUUGGUAUUUGUUUUUCACAUACCUUUCUCUGUUGCUAUAAACCCCAGAAAUGACUUUGGAGAGCCACGUGUAUGUUGGUGUUUUACAUUGUUUACAUUAUGUCUUUUUUUUUUUAUAUCUGGCCAGAUACUAAUGAAGUCAUCUUAAUUAUGAAGCACAUUGUCAUUUCUUACACUACUGCUCAUAUACAUGUACUGUAUGUACGUACAUGAUAAGGCUUUCGAUUGUCAUAGAAGUAAGUCUUUGCCCUCCACUGUGAGCUUAGAAAGGUGAAGUGCGUGAUCUAGUUAAAUGAGUAAUAAGUGCAAGAAUGCCUUAUCUCCGAACUUAUACAGUCACAUGAUCUCUUACUCUGCUUGUACAAAACCAACCCGCAGUAGAUGCCUACGUAGAUCAACAAUAAAUGAAGGAUUAUGUUGUAUUUUGCAAAUGUUUGUUCUCUUCCCUUGUUAGCCUGAGACCUUUAAAAUGACUCUGAGCAACUUACCUUGUAAUUGUUUGUGUCAUUUGUACCUAAUGUAUGAUAAUGCAAAUAAAAAACGGUAAAAUGAGGUUCACACUUUGGCAA